AUGAGAGAAGAGAGAUCGCUAAUUUAUCAAAUCGCAGCAAAAAAAGCUUCGCUGAAAAAAAAAAGAUCGAGACCUUUCAUCUCUGGUGCAAAAACAAGAAGCUUCUGGAAUAUGACCGAAAGAAGACAGAUCAUAGGGUCGUUGAUACAGCAAGAGAAGGAUGAGGAUAUGAGAGUCGCUCUAAUUAGCCUCUCCAAUCGGCCAUUUUGA